AUGAGGUCGUGCCUUCCACAUGUUCUUCCUGGACCAUAUAAGUGGGAGGUACUUCAGAGGAGGACACAACGCACUCACAUUUCACAGACCGCGUGGAACGAGGAUAAGGUUAGAGGGUUGAAGACUCGACUAGGAAAACUACAGGGGGACCCUGUCAUGGUGAUAUUCCAGACGUUGUGGCUGCCUACCUCACACAGGCCGAUUUCAUACAUGUGGCACAUAUGCGUCAUAUUCAGUGCUCUGGUCGAGAGGUGGAGACCAGAGACAUAUACGUUUCAUAUGACGCAAGGAGAGAUGAUGAUCACAUUACAGGACGUGGUUGGUAUACAUGGUUUGCCUACUGACGGGCAAGUAGUUACUGGACAUACUGCUUUGGAUUGGUUUGCCGAGUGUGAGCAGGUUUUUAGCCAUGCGCCCAUUGCUGGCGAAGACAUAUUUGAUGGCGAUCUACGUAUUUCAUACCUUGAUAAAUUGUAA